GUGAUGUUAUUGUUUCAACCAAAAAAAAUAUGAGAGCCAGAGAAUACCUAUCUUCUCACUGAAACUUUAUAUUUUCUUUUUGGGAAGAAGUCCAACUACUCCUACUUACGUUCCAUUAACGGUCUCUUUUAUUCUGCUUGCACUUGCAUAAGCAUAACUCAAUCAACAAUGGCAAUUCUUCAACCACAAAUCCCUUUGUCUCUUUACCCCCAUCACUCUCCUACUGCAGCACCUUUUCUUUGCACGCCCUUCAAAACACCAAGAAAACCACUCAAUCUCACCUGCUCAUCCAAAGGCCAAGAUCAGGAUUAUCUGAUAGAUGCUCCUGUUUCUGCUGGAGAUGGGUUUUCUUUCUCUGGAGGGAAAUAUUCAGACGGGCCUAGCCCGUCCGAUGAAUGGUUUAAGCAAGGAAAGAUUGUGAAAGCUCAUCCUGUUUCUGGCACUGGAGAUAAGGCGAAAGAUCCUAUAUUUGGACUUAAAAUGGGUGCUGCUUCUCAGGCCUCAAAUGAUCUUUUCAGAUGGUUUUGCGUGGAAAGCGGAAAUCCUGAUAAUCCUACUGUUAUAUUAAUUCAUGGUUUCCCUUCACAGGCAUAUUCAUACCGCAAAGUUCUUCCCGCUCUGUCCAAAAAUUAUCAUGCUAUUGCUUUUGAUUGGUUAGGAUUUGGAUUUUCAGACAAGCCUCAACCCAGAUACGGAUUUGACUACACUAUGGAUGAAUUUGUAGCAUCCUUGGAGUCCUUAAUCAAUGAAAUUGCCACUGAGAAGGUAUCGCUUGUUGUGCAGGGAUACUUUUCACCAAUUGCUGUCAAAUAUGCUAGCAAUCUUCAGGGAAAGCUCAAUGAUCUAAUACUCCUCAAUCCCCCACUAACUGCCACACAUGCCAAUCUUCCAUCAGCCUUGUCCAUUUUCAGCACCUUCUUACUGGGUGAAAUCUUUUGCCAGGAUCCUUUAAGGGCCAGUGACAAAACCUUGACCAGCUCUGGACCCUAUAAAAUGAAAGAGGAUGAUGCAAUGGUAUAUAGAAGACCUUAUCUCACAUCUGGGUCUGCAGGGUUUGCAUUGAACGUGAUUAGUAAGGCCAUGAAGAAGGAUCUAAAGGCCUAUGUGGAAGAAACAAGGAAAACACUCUUGGAUGAAAAUUGGAAAGUUAAAACCACAGUGUGUUGGGGCCAGAGAGAUCGUUGGUUGAGCUAUGAUGGAGUUGAAGACUUCUUGAAGAAUUCCAAACAUAAACUAAUCGAGCUUCCAAUGGCUGGUCAUCAUGUACAGGAGGAUUGCGGUGAAGAACUUGGAGGAAUCAUUUCUGGAAUCCUAGGCAGAAGGAGCAGAAUUUGAUUCUGUCCUACAAUCAUCUGUGGUACUGGUAGUUAAAUGUUCAAAGAAUUUAACUACCUAGUCUUUUGCACGUUAUGUUAUAUUUUCAGCUAAGAUUCAGGAUAGAGACAUGCAGGAGGAGCAUCACUCAAUCAGAGUCUGGAUAUGCUAUCUUUUCAGAUUUAAACUCUCCUAUUUGUAGCAAGUAGCAAAUAUAUAUAUCAAAACAUUUGUUUUUCAAAUUUAAUGAUACUA